UAGUCGUUACUGCAUCUUUUCAAUAUGGAAAAAAUUGUGGUUAAAACAGAAGUGCAACCUAACGGUGACAUUCUCCUAUUUUAUGUUGAUGAAAACGAAGAAUCAGAUCUACGCGUACUGGAUGGUGUAGAUCAAAGUAACGUGCAAUUAUUGCCUGACACUAAAUAUAUUAUUGAAGAAGAUCUUGGUGAUGGAGAGUCAGCUGAAGAGCAAGAUAUUGCUCAAGCAACUGAACAAGCUUCUAAUGAAGUCUGGCUCGACGAUGAAAUCAAACGUCUUGUUGUAUUUUACAUUGACAAUAAAGAUACAUUUCUCAGUGGAACGACAAAGAAAACACAUCUAUGGGCUGUUGCCUGUAAAACAAUGCUGGCCGGUAAACAUCCUAUUUCAUGUGAAGUAAAGUUACGGCAAUUAAAAAGAAAAUAUGCUGAAGCUUGUAUGUAUGGAGGAGCAGUUGAGUUCCCUUUUUAUGAUCUGUGUCAUCGAGCAUUUCAUGACGAUAGUUAUGUUAAAAUGUGUCUUAAUGACUCAAAUCAAGUUAACCAAGUUACUGUUAAUAUGCCUGUUAAUAAUGUUGUUAAUCAAGAUGGAAUAUUAGUUGUCAAGAAGGUAAAUACAGUUCAAAAUCGAGAUGAACAAGUCGAGGCUAUGUUAAAUUCGUACAUCAAGCAUAAAGCUUACUUCCAGAAACAGUAUAAUAGUCAAAAAGGUAUAUGGGAAGCUAUUGCUAUGGAUUUAGGUGAGGAGGACGUAGAUUACUGGCAUAAACGUUUCUUAAAUUUCAAACAACACUAUAUAAGAAUGGUGUGUAAACGUAAAGAAAGUGGUGCUGAAAGCAUCAAUUGGCCAUAUAUGAAAUAUUUUGACCAAAUAUACGGUGAUGAUGAAGAAUUCCAAAGAAAGUAUUUGGAAAAUGAUUCAAAUACUGUAAAUGGUCCUACUACACAAAAGGAUAAUGAAAAUUCUUGGUUAGAUGUAGAAACAACGUUUUUGGUUAAAUAUUACUUUGAUUGCUUCACUGAAUUCCUGGACCCAACCAUACCGAAUAAGUUUUUAUGGCAAGAAGUUGGUAGAUUAUUAGAUAAGCCACCAGAGAGUUGUGAGAUAAAGUUCAAUGAACUUAAAAAUGAACAUUUUAAUCAACUUAUACUAAGUGGAUAUGAUUUAGCAAAUAGAAUACCAUUAGCAAUUUUAUUUGAUAAUAUAAUUGCUAGGGAAGUAGAAAUCGAGUUGAAAAAUUCCGAUAGUGACACUGAUGAGUGGAAAAUGGAGGAAAUUGAUGAAUUGGUUCAAUAUCUUUAUGAAAAUAUAGAUAUGCUAAAGGAUACUGUAUGUUAUUAUGUUUGUUGGGCGGCUCUUGCUCGGAAAUUGAAUAGAAGUAUUACAUCUUGUAGAAAACAAUGGAAUGGUCUGACUACACUUUACAAGAGCAUCCUAGAGGAUAAAAAGGAAAAUCCAGACAUGCAGAUAGACUGGAGGUACAUUGAUUUAUUUGAUAGAAUAUUUGAUUACGGUAUGGAUAGCAACCUGCUGGAUGGUUAUGAAAAGUUAAAAGAACUCAAUCAGGCUAGCAAUGAACCAAGCAAAGUCGGAGUUAAAAAGAUCACCAUUAAAGACAAGGAUGAUAAAUUCAUGGAAAAUGGCACAGAUGACGAAGAAUCUUAUGACGAAAGAGGAUUCACAAAGCGUUCUAAGAAACGGACCGGUGAUAGCAAAGCCUUCAAAAUACUAGAAUUCUACUUAAAAAAUAAAGAUAAAUUUGCAUCGUCCCAGCAAAAGAAAUUAGCCCUAUGGGAAGUUUUGGCAAGACAAAUAGGAGUUUCAGCAACCGAAUGCGCGCAUAGAUUUCGUAAUUUCAAACAAGUUUACACAGGGUACGUUCAAAGGGAAAUAAAUAAGCCAGAAAUGCCCAUUUUGUGGCCAUAUUACAAUCUUUGCAAGAAAGUGUUUGGCUACAGAGCCAUAAAAUCCAAGUUAAAGAACGGAAAAAUGGAUUCAGACGAUGCUGAAGACUGGUCUGCUAAGGAAAUCAAACAAUUGAUUAAUUAUUUUUCUAGAAAUUUCCAUAAUUUCCAAGAAAAUAUUGAAGAAAGAAGCAAAUGGACCGAAAUCUCACAAGAAAUUGGUAAGACGGAAUCAAGCUGUUGUGACAAGUUUCUCGAAUUGAGAAAGUCCUAUAGAAAGCUGAAGACAAUGAAAGCUCGUAAUCCAGAUGUUAAAGUAUCGUGGAAAUAUUUUAACAUGUUAGAUGAUAUUUAUAAAAAUGCUGAACAAAAUUCAGAAGUUCUAGAAACUAUGGAAGUUGAUGACGAUGUUUACAACGGUGGUAUAAAGUUGGAAGCACAAGAAGAUGACGAUUUCCAAUGCAUUAUCGUGAUACCAGAAGGCGAAGAUAUUAACAACGCACAAAUCAUCAUCCAGGAAAAAGACCAAGACCAAAUUCUAUGUAAGGAGACGGACAGAAAGCAAAUUAUAACUAAAUGGAAUAAACGCAGCAAAAAGCGACUUUUGGUUCUUUACUUGAAUUAUCUAAGAAUGCAUAAAGGACAAGAAAUAAAUUCAAGGGAAAUGUGGACAGAAAUAGCAUCAAAAUUAGAUGAAAAAACGCCCAUAUCUUGCAAGAAAAUGUACUUAAAACUAAAAACUCGACAUAAGCAACUAAGCGGAACAGAUUUUAAAACUCCGUACUCUGCUCUUAUAGAAAAAAUCCUCACUUUUAAACCCAAAUUCGUAAAAUUUAAUAACAGUCAAGAUUUGGAACAGAUUAAUGCCUUUGAAGACAUACCAAUGUCUGAUGAAAAAGUUUAUAAUGCAUUGAAUUAUUACUUACAAAACAUUGAAGAUUUUGUGAGUCCUAAAUUUGAACAAAAAUAUUUAUGGACUGAACUUGCUAAAUUUAUCUCCGAGCCUGUGAACAAAAUUUACAGCAAAAUAAAUUUUUUAAAGCAGAGCUUUGACAGUGAAAUUGAUACACCGUUCAGAGAAAUUUUACAAGAAAUAUUGACAAAAGAACACGCACUUAUAGAAGAAAAUAAUAAGGACAUAAAUCUAAUAUCAGAAGAGGAAAGUGAACAAACUUGGUCGGAUAUUGAAACUGAAAGACUUCUAACUUGGUAUUUGGCGCAUUUAGACAAAUUUAAGAACCCGAAAUUCGUAAGAAGCUACUUGUGGAUGGAAGCUUCAGAUAUAUUAAAGAAGAGCCCUUUAGUUUGUUCCAAGAAAAUGUCGGAAAUACGGUCCCAAUACAGAACUAUGGUGAAAGAAAAUCCUGAAGAACUUGACAAUUGGAAAUUUUAUAACUUAUGUCAAAGAAUUUAUGGGACUGGGAAGAAAAGUACUUUAAGUAGUAAUAAAGGGCUUGAAGAACUUUAAAAUUAAAGUACUAUCUGUAAAUGCGGAUUCAGAAACCAAAAAAAGGGAUUUUUUUAACCAUAAAGUCAGAAUUGUAUACAUACAAAUUAGUUCUAGAAAUACAAAAAUUUCUGCAAGAAUUGUGAAAAAACUGAUAAUAAACAUCGAUCGUCCAGUUUUCUUACAUUAGAUGAGGGGAUGAUGCACAAUUAUUUACAGACAGGCAGAGAGAGAAGACAUUUAAUUAGUUGUAAAUAUAAUAAUUAUGUAGAUAUAUUUAUAGCUUGAAAUGUUAUUAUAUAAAGCGCAAUUAAAAAUAA